UUCAAAUUGGGUGCGGCAUUGCGAAGGAACUAGAGUUAUUUAACAACUUAUCUUCGACCUCCCUAGGAAAGUGGAAGCUGUUCCUGUUGCAGAUACAGGGCGGCUUUAGGGACCCCGACUUCUACACCGCUGACCACGCGGCUGAGUGUGCCCAGUUCUUUUAUGCCCUUUUGUUUCACUCCGGAAUGAUACCACACAUGAGCCAUGCGGAGUUGUUGGCUGCUGUGACGGCUGCACUCUGCAUGGAGUAUGGCCAUCCAGGUGUUUCAGGCUGCCUUCUUUCCGCAGCGCAGGACCCUGCGGCCGCUGGCAUUCAUAGCUGCAUUCUACUAGAGCACCGGCGCUUAGAGAGUCUUGGGGAAAUUUUUUCACAGGAGCAGUUUUUUUUCUGUGAUCAUCGGUUGGCGACUGUCUCGCUUCUGGAUGAUGUGAAGGCUUUGCUUCUUCCAGACGGAUGGCAUGGGGAGUGCAGCGGCGUGAUGCAUUCUUGUCUCAAGCUUCUGUCGAGUGGGCCAUUGCGGAUGGAGAGUGAGUCUGUGCGCUGCCAGCUUGUUCAAUUGCUGCUGAGGUUGGCAAAGUAUGCUUUUUGCAUGCGUGUGUUUGAUGUGAAUGACCGAUACUCGGGGAAGUGGUUUCAGAUGAUGCAGCGGCAGGCACAAUUUGCUGCAGAAAUUGGGAUUUACGGGUUUGACUUGCCUCACAACGCACUCACCGUCGCGGAUACACAACUGCUGCUGAUGGAGCGUACAGUCCUACCGCUGUGCCGCAUUGUGGUCCAGGCCUUCCCGUCGCUUUAUCCGUGCGAGGAGGCACUACGAGCGAACUAUGCCACAUGGGCCUUGCGUGCUGGGCAACACCCAACGGAGGGUGCUGUGGCGGAGGUGCGUGAUCCAUUCUUGUUUCCUGCGGCCGAUUUGCCGCAUGCUGAAGGCAUCACACAAGACGCUGCGGCCGCUGACAGCAUUGACUCACGGGGUUUGGAUGCUGCCCAUCGAAACGUUCCACAACACUUAGAGAGUGGCUCCCUUCUUGUCAGCACCGCCUUAUUCCUCUCCUCUCAAAAGGAGAUGCUCUCUGUGUAUGAAGAGAACGUGGCCCUUCGUGGCAUGCUUGAGACACUUUUAGUCCCGGUUGAGACUCUCCCUGCAUCUCAAGGAGCUGCCCCAUGA